AUGAAGUACAUUAUUGAACAUAUGGAGGAAGGAUUCAGCGAAUGGGUCAUUUUAGAGUAUAGCCAAAUAUUAAGAGAAGUGGGACCUGAAAAUUUAGUAUUAUCAUCGUUACCUGAGGGUACGACUGAGAAAGACAUCCCAAAAAAAUUAUUAACACUUGGUUUAAGAUGGACAACAAAGGAUUUGAAGGGCAUUAAUGAAGAUUUCAAGGAUCUGGAGGCUCUAAAAGACGGCAGAGUUUGCUUAUUGGAUCCUAGGGCUACUAUCGAUUUACAGCCUGAAGAUGCUGCCAAAUUUGACUAUUUCGUAUUUGGCGGUAUACUAGGUGAUCAUCCUCCAAGAGAUCGUACCAAAGAACUAAAGACUACCUAUCCAAAUCUGCUAAUUAGCAGAAGACUUGGUGAUAAACAAAUGACUACAGAUUCGGCCAUUAGGACAACACAGUUAAUUAUUAAAGACCAAACUGGAUUUGAAGACAUCAAGUUCAUUGACUACCCUGAAUUCAGAUUCAAUAAAAAUGAAGCGACGGAAAUGCCAUUUAGAUAUGUCCUUGAUAAAGAAGGUAAACCAAUUUUGCCCGAAGGGAUGUUAGAUUUGAUCAAGAAGGAUUCAGCUCAAAGUUUGGACGAUCUAUUGAUGUAG